AGAAUUCCUAUGAACAGUCUGACUGGGUUGCUCAUUUAUUACUGUUUAUAUUGAAGUUUGUACACUAAAAGCCACCUUUCUAAGCACUCUGAGCUUUUUGUUUCUCUCUUCAUACCAGUCUGUCCUUCUUGUCCCUCAAACACUUGUCAUAAAAAUUUCUAAGGCUGGUAUGCUGGUGGAAUACUUCUUCCUAAAGUUUACAUCUAGUUCAUCAGGUUUUAGCAUGAGAUUUUAAUAUGAUUGGAACUAGUUUAACAAUUUUUAUAGUUUUGCCUUUUUAUUUAAUAAUAUUUAUAUUAAAAAGUACAGAAGAGAGUAACCUUGCCCUAAGAACUUUUAAUCUAUGAUUCAAUUUGAGGAGACAAAACAGAUUAAUAACAUGAGACCUUAGAUGCUUACAUGCCAAGUGGCAGUGUCAAUACAUGGACCAAGAAGGUCCCAAGAUCCCAAACAACAAAUUGAAUUUUCGUGCAGUCUCCAAUGGAUAUGAACUAGGGAAGCCAAGUGAAGUGUGAAAAUUGGCCCUGAAAAUAUGGCACCUCCUGAGAGAAAUAAGCAGAUCAUAGUGCUGGGCCUGGAUGGGGCAGGAAAGACCAGUAUUCUCCACUUUCUUGCUUUAAACCGAGUCCAGCGCAGUGUGGCCCCCACCCAAGGUUUCAAUGCAGUGUGCAUCAGCACCCAGGACCACCAGAUGGAGUUCCUGGAGAUUGGCGGCAGCGAACCUUUCCGUUGCUAUUGGGAAAUGUACCUGUCCAAGGGCUUGCUGCUGGUAUUUGUGGUGGAUUCAGCAGAUCACAAAAGAUUACCUGAAGCCAAGAAAUACCUUCAUCAACUAAUUGGAACAAACCCAGUCCUUCCUCUGGUUGUGUUUGCAAACAAACAGGAUCUUGAAGCAGCCUAUCACAUUACAGAUAUCCAUGAAGCUCUGGCAUUAUCUGAGGUGGGAAAUGACAGGAAGAUGUUCUUGUUCGGAACCCAGGUGACUGAGAGCGGCUCAGAGAUACCUUCCAUCAUGCAGGAUGCCAGAGACCUAAUUGCACAGCUGGCUGCAGACACGAGUGACCAGGUGUAGCCCCCGCGAGACUCGCGAUCUGGAUGCCACCAGGGGACGCGACACGGCAGGCUGGAAGCCAAAAUUUCCACUUUCAAAUAAAAAAUAAGCCAUCUCCUAUUUUCUCAAUGCACGACACAUAUACACAUAUAAGAAACUGUUAAUUGAUUAAAAGGAUCUCUAUUUAGAUUUUGAACUUUAAAAGUAUUGGUAAACAAUGUAUUUCGAGGGAUUUGGAUUUUUAAUCAACAAAAUUAAAGUGGAAAUUAGCAAGCAUUCA